AUGAGCGACAGCGUCACCAUCUCUCUCCUCCCUGUCUCGCUCGCCCUCGUCCACGUCCCUCGCUCACGACUAGAUACCCUCACCCAGCACAUUCUCCGCCAAAUCCUCAGACCCAACCCCAGCUUCCUCAAUGUCACCUGCAACGAGAUCGAGCUCAGCCUCUUCGCCGAGGGACAUGCGCUCAGGGAGGUUGAGAAGAUCGCACGCAAGGAUGCGCGCAAGCUUCGCAGGAGACGAGAGGACCAGGACGCUGUCCAGUCUGGGCAGAGGUCACAGAGCAGGCGGAGUCGACCCGACUGGGAGCCCAUAGAGGUCUCGUCUGACAGAUGGUGUGUCCUCCAGAUUGACUCGCAUUCUGACUCACUCGACAACUCUGGCGCACGAGUGCGCGAACUGUCGGCGCCUCUCGCCGCAGCGGGCAUCUCCAUCCUCUACCAGUCCUCGUACAUGAGCGACUUCAUCUUCGUAAAAUCCUCUCGCCUAUCCCAGGUCAUGUCUCUGCUCGCGACGGCAGGGUUCGGUCUCUACUCGGACAACCCUACCAACCUCACCGCACAGCUCUCGACAUUUACGUCUCCGCUGCUCUCGCCGACGCAGGACGAUACCUCCGUGUCCCUCCUCGACCUCAGCGCCCUCGGCCCGACAUCGAGCACGCGGGUCGACCCAGGCGGCGGCGCGGUGUUCACGCGCUCGCGCAGCAGCACCGACGCGACCAACAGUUCUUCGGGCAGCCGCGCACCUUCCAUCUUGCAGAUGUCCAACCCACACGACUUCUCGCCCGGCCCGACCUCGCCCAUUUCGCCGCUCGCCUUCGACGCACCACCUGACGAGGACGCAGAGGCGGACGCGGACGCGGACACGGAGGAUGAUAUGCUGAUGAAGACCCCCGCGCCGGGCCCCGCGCCAAGGCCAGCCAUGAGCCGCUCGCAUUCGCACUCCCCGUCGGGGUGCGAUGUGAGUGUGCUCGUGCCGGACUUGACGUACGUCGGCCUGUCGGACGAACACGCGGAGAUGUGGGGACUGAAGAUCGUGAAGCUCGUUGCGUACCCGGACCUUAUCGUCGGCACCGGUGCAGGACACUCGGCGUCGUCGAGCGAGUCAGCAGGACCCAGCUCGCCCGUGUCCCCGCUGGAAGCCACGGCUGCUGCUGCGGAUGUCUCGGUGAGAAUCGCGGACGCGGUGAGUAGGAUUGAGGGAGGCGGGAGUGGGAGUGAUACGACCACCCGGGUAGGCGCAGGCUCGGACAAGGAGGACAUUGCUCUUUAUGAGCAUACCGAGCAGUGCAUGCCCUGGGAGGAGGACCUCGGUGAUGCCGAAUCGAGCGACGAGGACGGAUACUUCUCGUCGAGCCCGCGAUUAGGCCAGUCCGACCUCCUAUCGGGCGCAAGGCCGCCGCUCAUGCACCACGAGACGGUUGACACCGUGCACCCUGCGCGACCCAACCUGGCAGGACGCUCGCGCUCCGACUCGAGCUCUUCGACGUCGUCAUCUUCAGCGGGCCCCUCAACGAGCCCACUUGUGCCGUUCUUCUCGUUCACGCGGACGAGCGAGGGGUCGUCGCUCACGGCGCCGGUCUCACUACUGGCAGCACUGUUCCCGCCGAAUGAGCGGGAUAUGGUGAUCUGCAGCGAUGAGCUCUUUAACCUCGACUCGAGGCAAGCGUCCCCUGAGAGGGAUGCCGAUGAGGAGAGCGAGGACGAAGAUGGGACGCCGCAGGGCCCUCUCAGGUGCUUGCAGAUCGACCUGCGGAAAUUCGGGCUAGACAAGCACGGUCUGGUGAACCGCUUCUCGCGCACGCUCGAGGAGAACGGGAUCAAUCACAUGUACAACUCGACCUACAAGACCGCGAACCUCCUUGUCGACAAGGCGCACGCGAGCCGUGCGCAGGCGCUGCUGCGAUCGUGCUGA